AUGCCCCGUCCUCGUGCUCCCGAGCCCAUCGUGAAGCUCUCCAAGGACUUCGCCCUCCUCCUCACCACCUCCGAGGACGCCCGCUGCGAGUUCAUCGCGCGCCAUGGCAAGGCGAGCUUGUUCAAAGCUCUCUCCGGCUGCGUCCCCAGCGUCGUCCCCCCCUGCUUGAGCCUGAGCAGCAAGCCGUCGGGGAGCAAGCUGGUGAUCACGGAGGCGCAGUUCCUCAAGGUGCUGCAGAAGAGCGGAGCGUUCAAGAAGUUUAGGCACCGCAAGGCCGCGAGGAUCGAGGAGGACCCGUCCGGCGCGGGGAUGUGCAUGUUCCAGGGAGUGCGGUGGAGAGACCCGUCGGACGCGUCGGACUACGAGGCGCUGGCUGAAGGCUACAAGGAGAUGUGCGGGGCGCACGCGAUCUUUGCGGGGGAGUGCUCUUUCGAGCAGCUGGUGUCGGUGCUGUCAGGGAUCGUGCAGCUGUGGCACGCGCGUUGGCCGGAGUUCGGGAGGCGACGGGGGAAGGCUGGGACGCAGAACGGCGAGGAGGGGAGAGGGAAGGCGGGAGAGUCGAGCGAGCUUGACGACGAGGACUUCAGAUCGGACGAGGAAGUGAUGAGCAAGGCUCUGUUAUCUUGCAACGAGGCGUCGGAGAUGAUCUUGGAGGAGCCGAGUCUGGACGAUUUCUGCUUCUUGCCGGAGAGUGAGAUGAGCCAGAUCCCAACGAUGCUGGCAGUCUCAGUCAUGAGUGAGAUCGACUUUCUGAACUUGUGA